AUGACAUUAUUAGAACAACCCGAACCAGAUGUGGUGAAGGUUUCUAUUUUAAAUGAAGAAUCAAUAAUUUUGGGAUUUCAUUUAACAAAAUUCAUGUUACGAGAUGUGAUAUCUAAUAUUCCUUCAUCUAAUUAUGUAAUCAUUACUGAUGAAAAUCUACCACCAAUUUACCUCACAAAAAUAAAAGAAAAUUUUAAUAAAAUUGCAUCAGAAAUAACGUCAGCAAAAGAUAAAAAGACACCGGAACCAAGAUUAAUUACUUAUGCUGUUCCAUCAGUUAGACGAGCAAAAACACGAGAUACCAAAGCUGAUAUUGAAGAUUUUCUUCUUAGUAAAGCAUGCGCAAGAGACACAUGUAUUUUAGCGAUGGGUGGUGGUGUUAUAGGUGACUUGGCCGGAUUUGUUGCAGCCACUUUCAUGAGGGGUAUCCCUUAUGUUCAAAUUCCAACCACUUUAAUUGCUAUGGUGGAUUCGUCAAUUGGGGGUAAAACAGCUGUUGAUACACCGCAUGGCAAAAAUUUAAUUGGAUCUUUUUGGCAGCCGAAAAGAAUUUAUAUUGAUUUAGUAUUUUUGGAAACCAUUCCGGAAAGAGAAUUUAAUAAUGGGAUGGCUGAAGUUAUAAAAUCUGCAAUAAUUAGCAGUGAACCAAAUUUUAUUAAUUUAGAAAAUGGCGUAUCGAGUAUUCGUGAAGCAGUAUUUUCAAAUCCUAAAAGAGAUGUGUCAUUUCAAGGUGCGACACUGGCAACUCGAACUCCUUCACAAUCCUUGCUAUUAUCUGUAAUUAUGGAAGCAGCUAAAUUUAAAGCUGGGAUUGUAACAGAUGAUGAGAGAGAUAGCGGGAUCCGUAGUUUACUUAAUUUUGGUCAUACGAUUGGACAUGCCGUUGAAGCCAUUCUAUUUCCGGAAUUACUUCACGGAGAAUGUAUUUCAAUAGGAAUGAUUAAGGAAGCGGAAAUUGCUAGACAUCAUGGUCAUCUCAAUCAAGUUUCUGUUAGUAGAUUGUAUAAGGUUUUACAAGAUUACGGCUUACCAGUCUCAUUAGAUGAAAAAAAAGUCAAAGAUUUGGUUGGCAAGAAAUUUUGUUCAGUUGAUAAAUUAAUGGAAAUUAUGAAGGUUGAUAAGAAAAAUCAAGGAGAUCAAAAAAGAAUAGUUAUGCUCUCAUCCAUUGGAAAUACUUAUGAGAAAAAGGCGACCAUUGUUUCUGAUUCCGUGAUUCGUAAAAUUUUAUCACCCUCGAUCAAAAUUCUACCUGUUACAUCAUCUUCAAAUAAUUCAUCAAUUCAUGUUACAAUGACGACACCAGGGUCAAAAUCCAUUUCAAAUAGAGCUUUAGUUCUAGCAGCAUUAGGAAAUGGGACUUGUAGACUUAAAGGUCUGUUAUAUUCGGAUGAUACUCAAGUGAUGAUGGUUGCUUUACAAAAAUUAAAGGGAGCAAAGUUUGAAUGGGAGAAUGAUGGCGAAACUUUAGUUGUUACUGGUGGUGGCGGCAAUCUUCAAGUUCCUGAUGAUGAACUUUAUCUUGGAAACGCGGGAACAGCCUCAAGAUUCCUUACUACAGUCUGUACUUUAAUAUCAGCUGAAACGGCUAAUCAAAAAAAACUCACCACUUUAACUGGUAACGCUCGUAUGAAGCAACGUCCGAUUGGUCCUUUAGUUAUGGCACUUCAAGAAAAUGGAUCUCAGAUUCGUUAUGUCGAAAAUGAAGGAUCUCUUCCUAUUGAAAUAACUCCAUCACAAAACAAAUUCAAAGGUGGCGAAAUAAAUCUCUCUGCAUCUAUCUCAUCUCAAUAUGUUACAUCUAUUUUGUUGAGUGCACCUUAUGCUUCUGAACCUGUAACUUUAACUUUAACCGGAGAUAAGGUUGUUUCUCAGCCAUACAUUGAUAUGACAAUUGCAAUGAUGGAAUCAUUUGGUAUUAAGGUUGAACGACUUGAAGGUAAUGUUUACCGUAUUCCACAAGGAAAAUAUACAAAUCCUAGUGAAUAUGUAAUUGAAUCAGAUGCUAGUUCUGCCACUUACCCAUUAGCCGUAGCUGCAAUCACUGGAAUUACAUGCACUCUCCCAAAUAUUGGAUCAACAUCUCUUCAAGGUGAUGCUGCAUUUGCUGUUAAAGUAUUAGAACCAAUGGGUUGCACUGUCACUCAAACUGAGACAAGUACUACAGUUCAAGGUCCUCCUAUUGGAUCAUUACGUCCAUUACCCAAUAUUGAUAUGGAAACGAUGACUGACGCAUUUUUAACAGCAUCUGUCUUGGCUGCAGUCGCAUCGAAUAAUGAAGAAGAAUGCAUAACUCGAAUUACCGGAAUUGCCAAUCAACGCGUUAAGGAGUGUAAUAGAAUUUCAGUGAUGGUUCAUGAGUUAAACAAGUUUGGAGUAAUUGCAUCUGAACUUCCUGAUGGUAUUCAAAUACAUGGGUCUAAAAUUCAAUCCCUCAAAGGUCCUGUAGGUGGUGUAAAAUGUUUUGACGAUCAUCGCAUUGCAAUGAGUUUUAGUACACUUGGAUGUGUUGUUCCAGAUGGCACAAUUAUUCGUGAGAAAAAAUGUGUAGAGAAAACUUGGCCUGGGUGGUGGGAUAACUUAGAAUCUAAGUUAGGAAUAAAUACUGUCGGUAUUGAUAGUGGAUCACAUCACGAUAGUAUUAUUUUCAUUGGUAUGCGUGGCGUUGGCAAGACUACAUUAGGAAGAGAAGUUGCAAAAGCGUUAGAUCGGGAAUUUCUCGACUUAGACCAUCAUUUUGAGGCCACAUUAUCGACUCCGAUACCCAAAUUUAUCGAAGAACAUGGAUGGGAUGCUUUUCGUGAUAAAGAAUCUGAAAUUCUUCGAUCGUUAUUAAAUACACAUGCUUCAGAUUAUAUUAUAGCAUGUGGCGGAGGUAUAGUUGAACAUCCAGCAUCACGUGAGCUUUUGAAACAAUAUUCACAAAAUCAUGGUGAAGUUGUUCAUAUUGUAAGAGAUAUGAAUGAUGUAAUCAGAUAUUUGAAUAAAGACACUUCGCGUCCAAUGCUUAGUGAAGAUUUAUUUAACGUCUGGAAUAGACGUAAAACAUUAUAUAAUGAGUGCUCAAAUGUUGAUGUCAAUACAAUCAAUACAAUCGGUGGGAUGACUGUUGAAAAUAUUGUCGAAAUUAUUAGAAAAACGAGGCGUACAUUUUUUAUUUCCUUAACUUUUCCGGAUAUAACUCCCGCAUUAAAAAUUAUGCCUACCAUUACUCACGGAGUGGAUGCAAUUGAACUAAGAGUGGAUUUGCUUUCAGAAAAUGGAGACAUGCCUUCUGUUGAAUACAUUCAUGAUCAAUUAGCAAGUUUAAGACGUUCAUCAUCACUUCCAAUUAUUUUCACCAUAAGGUCGCAAAGUCAAGGUGGAAAAUAUCCUGAUACGCAAGAAACAGAAUAUUUUAAUCUUCUGGAGCAAGCUAUCAAGAAUGGAUGCGAGUAUAUAGAUGUAGAAAUCCAUAAAUCUCCAAAACUGAUAGAUAAUUUGAUUAAAAUGAAAGGGAAUACUAAAAUAAUUGCUUCUUGGCAUGAUAUUCCUGGUAUUAUGAAAUGGGAUGGUGAAGAAGUUAGACGACGGGUUAGAACCGCCCAUAAUAUUGGUGAUAUCAUUAAAAUAGUUGGACGUGCGAAAUGUCUUUCCGAUAAUUUUAAAUUACGAGAAUUUGUUGAAUGGCAACAACAGCAUAUUAAGAAACCAGUUAUUGCAAUUAACAUGGAAGUUGAAGGACAACUUUCUCGUUUACUAAAUCAAACGCUUACUCCUGUUACCCAUCCAUUGCUUCCAUCAAAAGCUGCUCCUGGUCAACUUUCUGUUAACGAAAUUCACAAGGGCCUCCAUUUAAUCGGCCAAUUACCAAAGAAAAAAUUUUAUAUCUUUGGAAAUCCUAUAGCUCAUUCUAUGUCACCUACACUUCAUAACACUGGUUUUGAAGUAUUAGGCUUACCACAUCAUUAUGAUUUAUUUGAAUCCGAAGAUAUUGAAGCGGUUAAGCCCAUUAUCGAAGAUAUUGAGUUUGGAGGUGCAUCAGUGACAAUCCCGCAUAAAAUAAGCAUUAUUCCAUUUUUAGAUCAAAUAUCUGAACAUUCUAAAUUAAUAGGGGCGGUGAACACAAUUAUCGUCACCGAAAGUGAAACUGGACGUAAAUUAAUCGGAGAAAACACAGAUUGGUUAGGAAUUUAUUCUUCGAUCAAACCUUUAAUUGAAAUCAAUUCCGAAACAAUAGGUUUAGUUAUUGGAGGAGGUGGAACUUCUCGUGCGGGAAUAUAUGCACUACAUCAACUUGGAGUACAUACGAUUUAUUUAUAUAAUCGUACGCAAGCUAAGAUUGAAGAAUUAAAAAAUCAAUUUCCUAAAUAUGGAAUUGUUGGUUUGUCAUCACUUUCUGAUGAACGAAUAAAACAAAAACCUCCACGAAUAAUCGUGUCUACUAUUCCUGCGACUUCUAAUAUAGAAAUUCCUUAUGAACUUUUUGCAUCUGGUAAAGGGGGUGUAAUAGUUGAAAUGGCAUAUAAACCAAGAAGAACUCAAUUAUUAGAAAAGGGUGCUGAAAAUGGAUGGAUAGGUGUUGAAGGAGUACAAGUUUUAAUUGAACAAGGUUUAUGCCAAUUUGAAGAAUGGACAGGAAGAAGAGCACCAAGAAAUAUUAUCGAAGGAAAUGUUCACAGAAAAUAUAAUAAUUCUUAA